AGUUAAACUAUCAAGGUCAGCACCAAUGUUGAAUCUUGUCAAACGCAAGGCAAUUGAUCCUAGAGGAGUGUGACGCUACAACAUGAAGUUGAUGAUUGUAAGAGAAGAGAAGAUGCUGGAGGUAGCCAUACGUCACAUACCUGUGCAUCUAUGGUUGUUACAGAGUGGUGUUGACAACAAAUGCUUGUCAGUAAAGUGUGGCAAAAAAUGUAUCUCAUUCAUAUCAUCAAGCAUUGUCCUCGUUAUUUAACCAUCUCAUCUAAUAUAACUUACUUGUCAAGCUUCAAGCUUCUGGGCGCGUGCAGCUUUUGUCUGCCACAUUGAGGGUGGUUCUUGAAGCGUGUGAACUGAUCACCUCAGUUCAAGAAUUAUUAGGUAUUUUAGCUGGGAAUCUGUCAAUCGAUUAGAGAGGAGUGUGCAUGUCUGGAAGAGGAAAACUUCCUUUGAGGUUGCAGAGGUCUUACCAGGUAGCCACCUGAGACACCUAUCCGUUUAGCAAGAGAUUAAAUGUUUUAUUCAUUCUGGCCAAAGAGAUAUUGAAAAUUGGUAAGACUGGAAACUAAGCGUCUGCAUUUUGAAAGUGAGGAGAGUUCAAGGUCUAGAACUAGACGCGAGAGAUCAAAAACUACCAGUUUUCUACGCUCGCACUAUCAAUAUUGGAUAUUGGAAGGUCUCAUCUAGGCGCCUGACUACAUUAAUUUCUGAUGUCUAUUGAUUUAAAUACUAAUGGACAGGCCCUUGGCUCUGCUGUUAACUGUGUGCUGGAUGGAAAAUGUUCAUGGAUCAUUUUCGGGUAUAUGGGGCUAACGUACACACUCGAUGUAAAAAAUCAAGGACAUGAUGUGAAGGAGUUUGUGAAUGGAUUCUGCGAUGGAAGAGUCCUUUAUGGCUUUGUUCGUGUUGUUGUAGAUUCCGCACCUGCAAAAUUUGUAUUGAUAGCAUGGCAAGGAGAAGGAUCAUCCGAAAGUUUCAAAAUGGCUUAUACAAGACAUGUUGACACUGUGAAACGGCUAUGUCGAACAGUCCAUCUCACAAUUCAAGCCAGAAGUGAAACAGAUUUAGAUUGGUGUGAAAUUGUUGCAAAAGUACGCAGUCUUACCGGAACUGUUUGUAGCACUCGAGGGGUUAAUUCCAAUGAUUCAGAAGAUGAUUUCAUACCUAAGGGUUCUGUGUAUGAACGUGCAAAUCCAAAUCAAGAUAUUCCAAAAGGUUGUGUAUCACGAAGCGUUUGGCAGUCAUAUCAGCAGAAACAGUUACAACAACAAGAUUCAUCGAAAGCAGUAUCUCCUUUACAAAAAUCAAAACCACUCGGUUUUAUCCGCCCUAUUUGUCAACCGGAGACGAGUCAUAAUCAUAAUGGUGAUAAAAAUAAUGGUAAUCAUUUGGAGUCUGAAAAUCGUCCACAUAAUCUCAAGCAAGCACCACAAAAUGAAGUGACAACAACAAUUAAAAAUCGUAUUAAAGCUUUGGAGUCUAAGUUACCUUCAACUGAUGGGACAUCUGGUUAUCGGAAAGUUGAUCCUAGAGCAGAAAUCAUGCUCGCUAGACAACUAUCGAAUUCAACAUCUUUGGAUGAUAAGGAAGAUGAUACAACUCAUGUGGGGGCAUGCUAUAAGAAACAAGAUCCCAGAUCUGAAAUUUUGGCAGCUCGCGCAUAUAAGCAAGCUCAUCAAUCAGUGUUUCAGAGCAUUGAACCUAUAGGUGCUAACUAUAAACGACCAGACUUUGAAGCUGAAAUUCGCGCUGCACGAUCUACUGGUAUCAGUGUACCUAAAUCGGACACAUUACCAUUGACAACUACAAAAGCUGUAAACGCUAAUGGUUCAUCAAAUCAAAGUUCUGUCGGUGUAUCACGGUCAUCACAGAACAACCUCAACCAGCCGUCGUUACAGCAACAAAAGUGCUUACCAUCAUCUCCUCUUUCAUUAUCUCCAGUUGCACAUAUUUCAAAUAAUCAGUCACAUUUUGUCAGUGCUAAACACAUGAACAACAAUAGCAACAAUCAUAGCCAUAAUCGGAGCUCAGUUUCACGUCAAAAUUCAGUGGAGACGCUUCUGUCACCAUGUUUACCGUCGGCGCCAGGUAGUGGAGUGCACCAUAAUGCUAAGAAUAAUCAAGGUCUAAAAGCGGUGUGUUUGUAUGACUAUAUGGCUAAUGAAGAAGAUGAAAUAUCCUUUCACGUGGGCGAUGAAAUAGUUCGAAUUGAACAAAUCGAUGAAGGUUGGUGGCUUGGUCAAAAUGCUGAGGGACAAUUCGGACUAUUUCCUGCAAAUUAUGUAGGAUUAUUAGCGUAAGAUAAAAUGGAUAAAAAGAGCGAAACCAUUUACAAAAUUAACAUGUGGAUACACUCACUGCCUUUUUUCUCCUGCAUGCAUAUGUGUGCUUUAUUCAGCAAGAAACACAACUGAUCUCAUUCUUUUCAUUUCAACAGAAGUAAUUCACUGGUAUAAAGGCAAUGUCAUGACUAAUUUUUCCAUUUCUUUCCCAGUUGUAUAACCUUAAACACAUCAGUGGAGAUUUCCAUACAACAUUGAUUAGUCUGAUGUCUUUUCGCUUUUUUUGCCUUCUAUGGUUUCAACUUAUUCAGUAAUUAAUUUUUACUAGUGUGUUGUUCAAUAUCUUUGAUCAGUCGUUCUGCAGUGAACUUUAUUUAUGCAUAUUUCAAAUACGAAGAAAUUUACAUUACAAAGUUUUCUUCUGAUCAACUGAUAAGCAUGAGAAUGGUGAUAUGUUGUUAGCUUUGACUUACUUUUUUAAUCGGAAUGUUUUAUAACUUGUACACAGUUUUUAUCUACUAUGCAUCAAUAACUUUCUCACUUUUUUCCUACUAGGCAAUUUUUUGUUUUUAUCAGAAUCUGAUAUUUAUUGGUAAUACCGCAUAGCAAUUUUUUAUCACUGUUAUUACCACUGCUAUCAUUCAUUAUCGAUAUCUGAUGAUUGGAUUAAUUAAGACGUGGUGCUUUUGUUUUUUUUCUCGAAAUAACCGUUGCAUAUAAAAGAAAUUCUCAUCGUCAACCGAUUAAAUUUGGAGAGACAUUUCCGUUUGCAGUAAUUACAUUGUAAGAGUUAAAAUAGACUGUCACCCAGGUAGUAGUUUGCACAGUAGUCAUUGAUCACAACGAUGAAUAUUUCUACCAAAUGAUCAUUUGUCAGGAAUGAUUUGUUUAUUGUAAUUAGGGCCUCACAGAGAAACCGUAAUAAUAGAAGAAUAUACAUUAGUAGCUAUCGCACCUCAGUGGCCUAGUGCAUCACGCUUUGGCAUUCCAAGCGAUGGAUACGAGGUUCGAGUCUCAGUGGGGACAUCAUGCACCGG